GCUUUUCGUUUCAUUUGUCGCCGUCAGGGACUGGUUCAGCGAGUGUUUUUGGUUAGUGCUGUUUUGGUUUACGUAGGCGUUGGGUUGAGUGCGAGGCCGAAAGUCUGAAAUAAAGGAAUUAAAGAAUUUCUCUUGCUACUGGAAGUGAUCAUCAAGCUGAACACUGAAGAUUUUUCCGACAGGAGCAGUUGCCAACAACUCCUUUAAUCUAUAUUGAAGAAUUAAAGGCGAGGCCGGUGAUGCGAGAGGAGAAGAUUUGCUGUCUUUGUUUGCUGUCAGUGACCAAACCCUGAUGUGAAAGCUGGAAAAUGUCACUGUGCCGGGGUUCAGUUAAACACGGAGAGCCUCACGCAGAGCGGAACCAAAAGGAAUUGCAUCCAGUUCUCCGUGUAUUUCUCUAUUGGUCCAAGGAAGGAGAAGCAUUCCUUGAGUACAAAGAAGAAAAUGUUACUGCAGAGGAUAUUUGCAUUGAAGCAGCAAAACGUGUUGGUAUUUCACCCCUUUGCCACAGUCUGUUCGCACUGUAUAAUCCAGAAGAAAAAUGCUGGUUCAGCCCUAGCCAUGUAUUUAUGUUGGAGAAGAAGUUCAACCUUACAGUGCAUUACCGAAUGAGAUUUUAUUUUCGCAACUGGCAUGGAGGGAGCGAGAAAGAAGCAUCGGUGUACAGAUAUGCUCCUAAACAAUAUGAUUCUAGUGGAAAUAAACUCAAGUUGGAUCAGGGAAGUUCACUUUUGGAUCAGCCAUCCUUGGAGUAUUUAUUUGCACAGGGGAGGAGUGACUUUACUGAUGAUGCAGUAUCAAUCAAAGACUUUCAGAAUGAGCAAGAAGUAAACAAGUUUAAAAAUGAGAGUUUGGGAAUGGCAGUUUUGCACUUGUCUCACAUUGCUGUGCAGUCUGGACGCUCUUUAGAAGAAGUGGCAAAAGAAACAAGCUUUAUGCGCUGCAUCCCCAAAUCCUUCUGCAAACAGAUUCAACAAAACAACUACUUAACAAAACUACGUAUUAGAACUGUCUUCAAAAAUUUUGUUAAAGGUUUCAAUAUGCACACUGUCAGCCUUGGAAAGUUAAGUGCUCAGGACAUUAUGUAUAAAUAUCUGUCCACUUUGGAAACUUUAGUUCCCAACUUUGGUUUAGAGCUUUUCAAGGUUUUGGAUUUAGAUUUUCAGUCUGAAGGUGAGAGGGCUAAUUUUUAUAAUCAGAAUGGAGGUUUUGGGCAGUCAGAGUCGGAGUACAUUGCUGUGCAAAGUAAAGCUGCUACCUUUGAAGUACUUGUAUCUGGGACAGAAGGAAUUAAGUGGCGACGAUUAAAGCAUGAGCCUGUAGAAAAUGGCAGUGGAAGCAGGAUCUAUUUUGGAAGAAAUAAAAGAAGCAAACACAAAAGCAAACUUCCUCAACAGCCACACACACAUGACCAAAAAUGGUCCUUUUUCUGUGACUUUCCUGAAAUUACACAUAUUGUGAUAAAUCACUCUAGUGUGAGUGUAAGCCGUGCAGACAAUAAGUCAAUGGAGCUAGGUCUGAAGAAUUAUGAAGAGGCACUCUCAUUUGUAUCUCUGGUUGAUGGAUAUUUUCGUCUUACAGCAGACUUUCACCAUUAUCUGUGCCAUGAGGUUGCUCCUCCUCGGAUCGUUCUAAGCAAUGAAAAUGGAAUUCACGGACCUAUUCAAGAGGAGUUUGCCAUUCAGAAACUGAAAAGGGAAGAAAAAGAGCCUGGUUUGUUUGUUGUUCGUUGGAGUGCCCGUGAUUUCCAUAGGUUAAUCCUGACUGUUUUAAACAAAUAUCCUGAGAACAAUGGCCAGCACCACAAACAGUUUCGAAUACAGCAAAAGGGAAGCAAGUUUGUACUUGAGGGCUGGGAGCGAGAAUUCAGCAGUGUAAAGGAGCUGACAGAAAACCUUAAGACAUGCGUCCUUAAAUCAGGAAGUGAAUGUUUUUUUGUUAAGAAGUGCUGCUUGCCAAAAUCUGGAGAAAUUUCUAAUUUAAUUGUGGCAAGACAGUCUCCAGACAGCAGUGUACGACCAAUACCAAAUGAACUGAAUUUAAGCCAGCUGAGUUUUCACCGUAUUCAUAAAGAGGAGGUUUUGCAGGUUGUACAUUUAGGUCGUGGUACAAGGACCAAUAUAUAUGAAGGUAUAAUGCGUGUAAAAAAUACAGCAAGAGGGGAUGAUGAUUACAGUGAGUGGAACAACAACAAUACUGAAGAAAUCAGAGUAGUGCUGAAGAUCCUAGACCAAACUCAAAAGGGCAUAGCUCUGGCAUUUUUUGAAACUGCAAGUUUGAUGAGUCAGGUGUCUCACAUUCAUUUGGUGUUUGUUCAUGGAGUCUGUGUCAAGGGAUCUGAAAAUAUCAUGGUGGAAGAGUUUGUAGAAUUUGGACCAUUAGAUGUUUUCUUAAGAAAAGAAAAAGAACAUGUGACUCCACAAUGGAAGUUUACUGUGGCAAAACAACUGGCUAGUGCACUGACUUACCUGGAAAACAAGAAACUAGUUCAUGGCAAUGUCUGUGCUAGAAACAUUCUUGUGGCGAGAAAAGGACUUGAUGAGAAUAGCUCUCCAUUUAUUAAAUUAAGUGAUCCUGGCAUAGGAUUUACAGCACUUUCCAGAGAAGAAUGUAUUGAAAGAAUUCCCUGGAUUGCUCCUGAAUGUAUUCAGAACUUCAAAAAUCUGAGUAUUGCUGCUGACAAAUGGAGUUUCGGUAUAACACUGCUGGAAAUUUGCUACAAUGGAGAUCUUCCAAUGAACGAGAGUACACUGGCUGAGAAAGAACGGUUUUAUGAGAAAAAAUCUCAUCUGCCUGAACCAUCUUCAAAAGAGUUGGCCAGCUUCAUCAGCAAGUGCCUGAACUAUGACCCCACAGAGCGACCUUCUUUCAGAACUGUCCUUCGAGAGCUUACAGAGUUGCAACAGAAAAACCCAGAUAUUUCUUCAAGAUGUAGUGUCCAGCCCGAUGCUGACCCAUCUGUGUUCCUUAAGCGAUAUCUUAAAAAAAUGAGAGACCUUGGUGAGGGACAUUUUGGAAAAGUAUCACUCUAUGUUUAUGACCCCAACAAUGAUGGCACUGGUGAACAAGUAGCAGUGAAGUCUCUGAAGCAAGAUAGUAGCAGUCAGCUUCAAGAGUGCUGGAAACGGGAAAUUGAAAUUCUAAGAGCACUUUACCACAAAAAUAUUGUAAAAUACAAAGGAUGUUGUAGUGAAUUUGGGGGGCAGAUGGUUCAGCUAAUCAUGGAGUUUCUUCCUCUUGGGAGCCUACGUGAUUACUUACCUAAACACCAUAUAGGUUUGAAACAAAUACUGUUGUUUGCAGAGCAGAUUUCUGAGGGUAUGGAAUAUCUUCAUUCAAAGCGUUACAUUCAUCGAGACCUUGCAGCAAGAAAUGUUCUUCUUGAAACAGAGAACACAGUGAAGAUUGGAGAUUUUGGACUGAGCAAAUACAUUCCUGAGAAUGCAGAGUAUUACAGAGUCAAUGAAGAGGGAGAUAGUCCUGUUUUCUGGUAUUCUAUAGAGAGCAUGAAAGAAAGCAAGUUCUCUUUUGCAACUGAUGUUUGGGCUUUUGCUGUUACAUUGUAUGAGCUCCUCACAUACUGUGAUCACCGACUUAGUCCUCCAGUGAAAUACCUAGAGAUGAUUGGCAACACACAAGGCCAGUUAACAGUACUGCGACUCAUUGAACUACUGGAGAGUAAAAGACGUUUGCCUUAUCCUAAAGACUGCCCGCUUGAGGUCUGCACGCUAAUGGAAAAAUGCUGGGACAGUGAUCCUGCUCGCCGACCAAUGUUUAAUGAAAUCAUUGUAUCAAUUAAGGAAAUAACUGAGAAGUUUUAUCAGCCAGCAACUGUCAAAUUAAAUCUGAUCAGCCAGCCUUAAAAGGUUUUGUUUUUCAUGUACAAUACGUAUUUUUCAGAGGAGGACAGUCUCCAGUUUCUCCUGUGCAAAGAACAUUUCUUCUUCUUCUUCUUCUUCUUUUUUUUUUUUUCUUUUGGACUCUUAAAUUUCAAACUUCCUUAAAGAAUUUAAGGUGGAGAUCAUGUGAACAAUAUUAAUUACAUUUUUACAAUGCCUUGAAAAGAUGACUAAUUCACCUUUGUAAAGGUCUGGGAUCUUAUUACAAUGCAGACUUUAGAUUGUUUUUUAUACAAGUUACCAAAAUUGUGUUUAGAAAGUAAAAAGACCAAGAGGUGAUAUUUUGUGCAGAAGAAAAAGGACAUUAAGAAUGCAGGCUUUUGCAUAAAGAACCUAGAAUUUAAAAUAAAAGGCUCAGAAUCUUUGCAGGUUUUUAAUAACAGGUUGAACUUUUGCUGACAACAAAGUAUGGGACUAUCAAAUAAAGAGAUAUCUGUGUAUGUGUAAUUGAAUAUGUUUAUAUAGUGCAAUCCUUUAUUAUGUUAUAAUGCGCUGCUUUUACAGAAAGUGAGAAUGCAACAAUCCUUAUUGGGUGCAGUUCACUCGGUCAUUUUGGCUGGUCAUAACAACCAGCUGUUUUAUGAGAUACAUAAAGUAAUCACUGGAUGAUUAGAUCGUAAUUAAAUUGCUUGACAUUUUUACCAUAAGAAUAGAUUUAAAUAUAAGAAGGUAUUUGCUUUAUUUGCUUACAUUUAUGAAUAAUUAUAAUUUGUAAUAUAUUUACAAUUGUGCCUCUUAAAUAUAUCUUUGCCAUUAAGAUGUGAUUGAAGAAUUUGCGAAACCUGACAAAUCCUAUAGAAAACUGUGAAAUUGUAAGUUUUUUUUGUUAAUAUUUUGUAUUAUUGGCAAAAAAGUACUGUAUACAUAUAACUUAAAUCUUAAAACAAAAUGUUUAUGUUGCCAAGAUUUAUUUUAGGUCAAAAACUGCCAAGCACAUUUGUUUUGGUGUAGAGAAGUCCCGUUCAGGUAUAGCAUUGUUUGAAAAUGUUUUGGAAGAAGCUUAGUCAGCAUACUUUAUGAAAUAUGCUUAAAGCAUAUAAAUACCCAAAUAUAAAGUCAGCAUUAA